UAUUUCAACUUAAUAAACCCGUUUAGAAAUCAUUUGGAUGGUUAAUUGACCUGUUCCGGUGAAAAUUGUGACUUUCCCGGCUCCCUCUAGCGUCCCCAGGCGGAAAACCAACCUUGCAACUUUUGGACUAGCGUCCCAAAAGGUUUGAAACAGGAAGUAUCGUGUGAAGCGAGAACCAGCGAGAAACACAAACUGCUUUAUGGCAACUCCCCAUAAACGCACACGCCCCCCUCAGUACCGGGUUAGCCACGCCAGCUAUAAGAGCAAGCGAAAAUGGAUUAUUUUUUUGAUGGUCAUCAUGGCAGAGGCAGCGAAAAGACAGAAGAGACGGUUCUCGGCGGAGGAGGCGAGGGAGAGGAAGAAAGCAGCUGACCGAGCGAGGGACCGCACAAGAGUAAACAUCGGUCGUGCGUUCACGGAAUGGCGUGAGCUAAGGGAAAGCGAAGGAUGCAAAACAGAUGCUGACCUGGCGUUACUGCUAGUGCAAUUCUACAAGCGCUGGCAAGUGACCACAUACACGCCACGCAAGGGCCAGUCCAGACCACCACAACCAGUGGUGUCGAGUAUCGGCGAGGAGUCGGAUCGUGACUUAGAAAUACAAGCUCCUGAGCUUGGUGUUCAACCACUGGUUGGAGAGGGAGAGAUAGAGGUUUUGGAAUCCAGCAUGCACUCUCUGGAUAUCACUAAAGACGAAAGCCCAGAUUCACCAGAUGAAGAGGCGCUCAAUGAUUUGAGGAAUACCUACAUUGCCAUGGAUGAUUUUUGGGCUCAUCCAAGUAAUCUGGAAGAUGAGGACAGCUCCGAUGAGGACUUUGUCCCAUCUCUUCAUUUGAGAAAUGUUGGUGCCAAAACAGACAAGCUUCCUGAAAUCAGUGUGGACGAAGCUGUGUUUGAUUUUGUUGUAGCUGCUCCUCCUGUAGAGGAAUCAGAUUCAGAAUCUGUUUCGGACCAACAGAGAGUCACUACAGAGGAACACUUGGUUGGUAAAUGUGCCAACAUUACCUACAAUGACAAUCUCCUUCUACUUGCUCGGCACCUGAAACUACCCCUCAAGAACUGCAAGCACGUGGACAGACUGUCUGGUGUUCCAUGUCCUGGUGUGCCACCAUUUCAGGUGACCCUGAAACCUCGGGGGACUGGAGCAGUUUUGGAAUGGUUAUGCCCCUUCGGACACAGCCAGUGGAAAUGGAACUCGCAGCCAACUUUAAAGUUUGGCAUGCAGGGUGGGGACUUCAUGCUGAGCACAAACAUACUUCUGUCUGGCAACAACUACAGAAAAGUAGCUCUGCUUUUCAAGUUCAUGGCCAUGGGUAUGGUAACAGAAUCCGCAUACUACCGUAUCCAAGACGCAUACUGCAUAGAGCCUGUCCAAGAAUUCUGGGACAACAUCAGGGCAGAAGUCUUGGAGCGGAUGCGCCAAAAGGACCAUAUUGUUGUCCUAGGGGAUGGCCGAAUGGACUCUCCUGGACACUGUGCUCAAUAUUGCACAUAUACAACAAUCGAACAAGACUCGCGAGACAUCCUCCACAUUGUUACUGUGGACAAAAGGGACACCAGUCGCAACUCGGUGAUAAUGGAGAAAGAAUGCUUCAUUCGCACCAUGGAUGCUCUGCUCCCGAAUGUCAAAAUAAAAGAAGUGGUUACUGAUGCUCACCCACAGAUCACUGCAUUGCUGAAUCCUGAACGUGGACGAUAUAAAGCAUGGGGUUUACAGCAUUCGCUUGACAUUUGGCAUGCUGCUAAAAGUCUUAGCAAAAGGCUUCGAAAGGCUGGAGCAGUGAAGGGGCAGAAUCCAAUUCAGGACUGGGCCCGAGACAUUGUCAACCACUUUUGGUACUGCAGCAAACAGGCUUCCACAGAGGAGGAAUUCAAGUCGAUGUGGGUUGGUGUGAUGCAUCAUGUCCGCAACGAACAUUUUUGGGCAACCGGUUGCUGUCAGCAUGAGCCGCUGGAGGAAGGCAGCCAAGACAAGCCUUGGAUGGAGCAAGGUUCAGCAGCUCACCGGGCCCUGGCUGCAAUUGUAUUUGAGAAGAGAUGGCUGAACCUUGUGAGGAAGUUCCUAAACUUCAGGACCACGUCGGAUUUGGAGAGUUUCCAAAAUCAUAUUUUGCUCUACGCAGCGAAGCGGAUGUCGUACACUCCAUUUGUGUACAAGACCAGGACCCUGUUGGCUGCGAUUGAUUACAAUAUGCACAAUCGACGCGUGCCAGCACUAAACAAGGAUGGCCACAAAAUGUACAAAAAAUCGUACAAUAAAAAAUCAAAAAACUGGGCUGUGUAUACAAUCAAGGAGAAGAAGGAAUACAAAUACAUCCCUGACCUCCAGAAGGCCAUUCUUGGUAGGAGGCUGAAGAGUGGGACCGGCCUUCCCCGCAAGACCACGCUAAGGCCAGAAGAUCCCAGGCGACUUGGUUUGCUUUCCUCUGCAGAGCCAUCACCGCCCACGUCGGAGCUCAUCCAAAGACGUGUCACGAGGGGAGUCUACGACCUCAAACCCCUAGAGAACUGACACUAUUCCCUCUUACAACUGUCAAUGUGUAAAUAGUUGAAAUUAUGGCAAAGUUUUCUUGAAAAUUAUAUAUUUUAUUGUACACAAUAAACACACAUUAAAAAAAAACAAUUGUGUC